AUGUCUGGAACACAAUAUAAAAAGAAUAAAACAUCCGAAUUCUUUUCAAACUCCGCCAUACUUAUGUGCAAAUGUGGAUUAUCCUAUUUAUGGGUGGAUAAAGUUUCGUUAAAAUAUUUUAACAUUUUUAACAGGAUUUCAACGUUUUUCAUGCUGACGUUCAUGGCCUCUGAAUAUGUUGCGUUUUUCACUCAAACAGAUCUGAAUGAUAAGCAGGCAUCUGAUCAAAUAAUGUUUGCUAUUUCUCAUCCGAUUCUCAUGUCUUAUUCCUUCAGCAUAAUUUAUUACAGGAAGGAUAUUAGGAAAUUGCUAUUCAAAUUGGCUGUGGUUUUAAAAGAGGAUUACAACGAUUUGGAGAUAGAGACACAAAUGAUUAGAAAGGCAAAGUUAUAUUCGACAUUUUAUGUUAUGAGCUUUAGUGCUGCUCUGUUUUUCUACGCAUUCGAUGGUAUUAUGCAAGUUGUUAAAAAAGGCGAUACUUUUACAACAGUGAUUCUAGCAUGGCCGGAUGUAAGACAAAGAGGAAUUUUGCCAGAUUUCAUAAGGAUCGCUGUAUAUUUCCUGUGGUGGCUCUUCAUGUUUCGUGUGUCAGCAGUCUAUGUAUUGGUUAUAUCCUUAACAAUAACGUUGAGUUAUCAGUAUAAGAACUUACAAAGCUAUUUUUAUAAACUCGAUGAUAUUUUUAAUAAUGGCAAUGCGGAAGGUUUUGAACAAAAGCAGAAGGAAUAUGAACGCGCUUUGAAAGUUGGAAUUUCGAUGCAUUCCGAUACUAUAUGGUGUGUGAAGGAGUGUCAAAGAAUUUGCAGCUGGGUCUUUAGCGGCCAAAUUACUUUCAAUUUUAUUGUAUUCUGCAUGCUUAUGCUUCAAAUGGUGAAUUCUGAGCGCACAUUAAUGAGUGCUCUCGCGACCGUGUCAACGAGCGCAUCUCUUUUGAUGGCCACUGGUUUCUUCAUGUGUAAUGCUGGCGAUAUCACUGUUGAAGCAGCUGCAUUACCCACGGCUAUUUUCUUAUCGGGGUGGCAACAUUGUCGAGGCGCAACUUCCGUACGCAUCAGGAAGUUGAUAGUGGUUGCCAUUUGUCAAAGCCAGGAACCCGUGGAGAUACAAUGCUUCAAUGUAAUUAGAAUGUCGUAUCAAUCAUUUGUGUCGAUCGUUAAAGCCUCGUAUUCAGUAUUUUCACUUUUAUAUUGA